CCCAAAAAGGAAAACAAAAAAAUAAAAGGAAGAUCCCAAAGCAUCUGGAGUAAUUGAUUUCAACCGUCCGAUCAGCCAUCUUGCCAUCAUCGUUCACCAAUCCCUACACAGAUCAAUCGCCCUUCUCUCUCUCUCUUGCUCUUUCUCGCUCCUCUCUCUCUCUGAAUCUCACCGGCGAGCCGUUCUCUUGGGUGGCAGUAACAGUAGCAAUCAAGCUUUAGCAUCUCGAGAAUCGCUGAAUUAGCUCCGUUGGAUAAUCCGCUUUCUUCUUCUUCUUCUUCGUCUGCGGCUCGCGGUUUCAUCUGUAAAUGGGCUGCUUCCACUCAAAGGUAGCAAGAGAAUUUCGAGGACACGAAGACCCUGUAAAGCUUGCCUCCGAGACAGCCUUUAGUGUGAGUGAGGUUGAAGCAUUGUUUGAGCUGUUCAAGAGCAUAAGCAGUUCCGUUGUUGAUGAUGGUUUAAUAAACAAGGAGGAGUUUCAACUUGCCUUGUUCAAGAGCCGGAAGAGGGAGAAUAUAUUUGCUAACAGGAUAUUUGAUAUGUUUGAUGUUAAACGAAAAGGAGUCAUUGAUUUUGGGGACUUUGUCAGAUCACUCAAUGUUUUCCACCCCAAUGCUUCUCUAGAAGACAAAAUAGAUUUUACGUUUAGGCUUUACGACAUGGACUGUACGGGUUUCAUUGAACGCCAAGAGGUUAAGCAAAUGUUGAUCGCCCUUCUCUGUGAAUCUGAAAUGAAAUUGGCUGAUGAAACCAUAGAGAUAAUAUUAGAUAAGACGUUUGAAGAUGCAGACGUGAAUCAGGAUGGAAAGAUUGAUAAAUUAGAGUGGAGCGAUUUCGUGAACAAAAACCCAUCAUUGCUUAAGAUCAUGACGCUUCCAUAUCUCAGGGAUAUAACGACAACGUUUCCGAGCUUUGUCUUCAAUUCGGAGGUCGAAGAGAUUGCCACGUGAAGAAACAAACUGGUUUACAAAGUUUGGAAGACGAAUCCUGAGUUGAUCGGUGUAAUCGGCAUCUGUUUCGUAAACACAGUAGAGCAUAUUUUUGUUUGGAUUGUUUCUGGCAUUUUUAUUUUCUGGGUUCCUAUUUUCUUCUCAGAACAGUUUUGAAAUCCUGGGUUUUAGUUUCUUUUUUAAAAAAAAGAAGAAGAGCGUAAUCACCAAAUCGUGUACGUCAUAUAUACGUAGGAAAUGUUAAGCGAGUUUGUAGUUUGUACAUAUCAACAUCAUACGUUUGUUCUUUGAAAGUAAAGUAAGAGUAAAGAUUUCUUUAUGUUACUGGGGUCUGACUUCCAGUUGAAUCUUAUUAUGACUGUCAAAAUUGUAAAUAUAAAGAUUUUAUUGAGCA